UAAACUGGACGUCACACAUAGCCCGUAGUCUUGCUUCUGUUCAUGUUCAAUAUUUUUUGGAAAUUACUGUUUUACAAGCUACGUAGUUUUAUCUUCACGACCUGAAUGAACUGGCAGAACCUGAUGGGUAUUGAAAAGGUCCAUGAUGAGUGUGCUGGGCCGUAGCUAGUCACGCGGUGGGAGGGAGGUCGCCCAGGAUGGCGUCCACACCACCAGCACAAUGCACCAUGGCCAAACCUGGGACAGACCGAGAUGGAGCCAUGGUUGGGAAGAAGAACAAAGAUAAGAUUUCCCCGUUCACAAAGACUCUGAAGCUGGACCGGAGUAAGUUGUUGGGGGCUAAGGAAGGAAAACCACCCAAGUCUUCCAUGAAACGCAAACUGUCCUUCACCAUGAGCCCCCCUCGCAACGAGGAGAGACACUCCGACACAGAUAAAGAUGGUCCGGAUAAGAAGAAAGUCAAGAAGGAGUCUGGGGGUAAGAAGGCCCCGGUUAAUCUCCUGUCCCUCCCUCGGAGCCUCCAGAUGGCCCUCCUGAUGCAGAUGACGGCCAGGGACAACAGCCCAGACUCGACCCCUAGCCACCCGUCCCAGGCCCCCCCGGUGCAGAAGAAAGUCCCCAGCAGCACGGCCUCCAGAGCGAGGGACAAGGUGAACAAGAGGAACGAGCGUGGCGAGACGCCGCUACACAUGGCCGCCAUACGAGGGGAUGCCAAACAGGUCAAGGAGCUUAUCAGCCUCGGAGCUGACGUCAACAUUAAAGACUUCGCGGGCUGGACGCCCCUUCACGAGGCGUGUAACCUUGGUUUCUUCGACGUGGCCAAGGUUCUGAUUGCAGCCGGAGCGGAAGUCAACACUCAGGGUCUGGAUGACGACACGCCACUCCACGAUGCCUCCAGCAGCGGACACACAGAUAUUGUGAAGCUGCUGCUGACACACGGAGGAAACGCGUUCCAGGCCAACAAGCGAGGGGAGCGGCCUGUAGACGUAGCUGAUUCUCAGGCGCUGGAGCUCCUCCUAAAGGGAGAGGUGCCCCUCUCAGACCCAGAGGAUAGCCCCUCAGAGUCAGAAGGCCCUCCGUCGGUGAAUCCCUCCAGCGUGGACGUUGAUGACUCGGACGUGGAAAAGGACUCUGAAGGAAAGCAGAGCACCGUGAAGGCCUCAUCCUCCAUGUCCGGCCUGGAUGAGUAUGAGUUCAAGGACGAAGAGGACUUGAGUAAAGCCCUGAACGAUCGACACAUCCUCCGGAGAGAGCUGAGGGAGAAGGAAAGGAAUCAUUUGGUGAAGCAGAGCAAUAAAGGGGACGGGAGCGGCUCAGUCCAGUCCUCUAAGUCUAAGAAGACGAAGACGUCGUCCCGUGUUCGCUACUGCAGCUCGGAUAGUUCCAGUGACGAGAUGGAGAUGCCAACAGAGAGAAGGAGCUCUCCGACAUGCUCCAACGGCUCUGAGGGACACAAGGCGUCAGACGCCAGCAGGACUAAGAAAGAAAACCUCUGCAGCCUCACGACUUCCGAACAGAAAGACAAAAGCAGCAAAGUCAAGAAAAAGAACAAGAACCAGAGCAAGAACAAGGAGAACCAGGAGGACGAGAAGGAGAACAGCAAAGCUCUGGUGUUUUCCGUAGCCACCGUGUCUGUGUCGGAGACACACAUGGACAAGAACAGCCGAGGACUCUGUGGGGACGAGGACUCGUUCAAAAUCUCCUUCAGUCCCAAGGACGACUCGUCCGUCCACCUUUUCCACCUGUCCGCCACCGUCAAGUCCCCUAAGCUCAACUACGGUCUGGCCGACAAGCAGCCGUCCUCCAACCCGCUCAAACAGGAGAAUGCCAAGAUGACGUGCGUCUCGAUUGCUGAAGGCCCCUGUCCGCCAGAUGGUGUCAAGUACAACCACUACAACCCAGAGUCUGAGUUCUGCAUGGAGAGCUCCAGUAGUAAAGGCUGCAAGCACAAGGAGAAGAGCAAGCACCACCAGAAGGACGUCGCCGUGGACUGUAGCGUCGGGGGCGGCGGCUCCAGUCCGCAUAAUAAAGAACGCAGCGUGGUCCACAGCUCUGACGGUGGUGCCUUACGGAAGACGGACAAAGAUGGCAAAGUGGUCAAAAAACAUAAACUAAAACACAAGGAGAAGAACAACCACUGCAGGGAGUAUGAGGCGGACAGGGAGAGGAACCGCCUCCGGCAGAAGGAGGGCGGCAGGAAGGACGGCCAAAAGAACCAGGAGUUCGACAGGGAGUUCUGGAAAGAGAACUUCUUCAAUGAUGACGAACCUCCGCCUCCAGGGAAAACGGAGACCGAGAGGGAGGACGGCUCUCCUGUGACGGGAGAGAAGGGGACGAAAGAAAUAUACCCCUCGAGCAUCGGCAAGGAGACGAGGCUGAGAGAGGUGCAAGAGAAGGAUAAAGACAAGGUGUUGAAGAAGGAAGGGAAGGAAACCUCUGCUGUCUGUAAAGAGAAAGGAGGAAAAGAUGGGAAGCCCAUUGAGCGUGAGGAGAGGACAGAGAGCUCCACCUCUGGACUGACUAUCUCUCUUCCUGAGGAGACGCAGCAUAACACUACAAGCGUGAAAGAUGAACCGGAUGAUAAACCGCUAACGGAGACCAUGUCUACGGCUGAUCUAGCCCGACUGGAUGCCUCUGAGAAAGACCAGCGGGACAAAUCUGACAGGAGGCCUUCUGUAAAAGAACGGGAGACUGAUAAAAAGAAUCCCGAUAAGGAGAAGAAGGUUAAGAUGGAGCACCUGGAGAAAUCAGAGAAUUCGCAAAAUUCCAUGGAUCGCUGGAGGGAGAAGGAGAGGAUGGUGUCUGGCUCAUCUCAUUUGUCCCCUGGUGACAAGAACCACAAAGAGAGUGAAAAGCUCAGAGCCUUGUCCACGACAAAAAAACACGAAGAGAGCAAGGACAAGAAGAGCAAAGAGAAGCCCGAUAAGAAGAGCGAGAGGGAGAGACAGGAGAGGGAGUACAGAGACAAAGAUAGGAUAGGCUGGGAUAACAAAGGAAAACCACCUUCAGAGAAAUGCACUGAUCAAAGUAAAUUGGAUCGUGCUAAGGAGAAAGACAAAGACUGGGAUAAGAAGAAAAGGGAAAAAUCUAAAGACUGCUCUUCAUCUUCCUCCAGCUCUAACCUGAAGCUCCCCUUGGAGGAGAAGAAAGGUGUAUCUGAAAGUGGCAAGACCACACCAGCAAAACUGCUAAAGGAGGAGGUCCUGAAAACGCCAGAGAAAGACAGAGACCGAAGAGACCGAGAAUCCAGAGACUUUGACCGGCACAGAGAUCGAGACAAAGAUCGUCACAAGAGCGACAAGGACCGUUCCAAGGAGGGUAGCAAGGCCUGUAAGACCAAAUCCAACGAGACUGAGACUGACCGAGACAACAGGUCCAAAGCUAAAGCCUCGCCUGCCACCCGGGAAGAGAAGCGACCCAAAGAGAAACGUCUGGUCAACGAGGACCUGAGGCAGACCAGCUUUGAACGAAUGCUGAGUCUGAAGGACCAGGAGAUUGAACAGUGGCACCGGAAGCAUCUAGAAAAGAUCAAACAGAAGGAGAGAGAGAGGAUGAAACAACGACCCUCUACGACAACAGACCCAGGGAAGCUCAAAAGCAAAGCCAAGACAAUGUCCUUGUCAUCUGGAGAACAGUGUUCGAGCAAAGAACUGCUUCGCUCCAAGAGCUCCGAAGGCUCUGGCGACAAACCUAUAAAGGAGAGCACCAGCUCCAGGACCAUGUCCCUAGACGGGAAAACACUCUCCUCCCUCAGUGGGAAGUUGAUGGCUGGUAUUGAGAACAGCUUGAGCAGGUCCCCCAGGCCGGAGAGCGAGCGGUCGGGUCUCAUGUCCAUGUCCAUGUUCCCCAUGGCCAGUUCUGAGGACUCCUGUCAGGCAACCAUGUUGACGCCGAGACCCGUAGAGUACGACUCGGAUAUGACCCUGGAUGCCUCCCAGGACUCUCAGCCGCGUUUCCUACUGUCUUCCCUCCUCUCACAGUCUAGAUCACCUGCCGUUCAUGACAAAGACCACAACGGUCUUCCAGACUCAGCUCAAGGUAACAGGACUCCGCUGCAGAGCCGACACACUUCCCCUUACCUUAUAGCUAUUCUGGACGAGGAAGCAAACUCUGCGACGGCAGGUAAACAUUUUGAAACUCUGUCAAAGGCCAGCGUGGUGCCUGCUGCUCAACCAAAUGAAGAGCCUUCAGGUUUUCAGCUUCCUUCAGAAACCUGUGCAGAUGUGGAGGAGAGCCAGAGUCAAAGGGGCCCUACUCAGAUGCUUCCAAAUCUCCCUAAUGCAAGAACAUAUGCAGAUCUCAACACUGAGAGUGAAGGUAACACUGCUCCAAGAACCGAUGCAGAUCUCAACACUGAGAGUGAAGGGAACACCGCUUCAGGUGUCCAUCUUCCACCUCAAGUGUCCAACACCAGAGAUCCUCUUGUAAAGGACUCCUCAACACUUCAACAGGCUAGUGUUCAACAGCUAGCUACGCCAGAACAGAGAGGGUUUUCUUCCACCUCUGAUCCUCUCCUAAUACGGGACGUCCAGUGUAUCCCCAUUGAGACCUCCACUGCGGCGCCCGACUGUAGCACGAAAGACCUGUCCUCUGAGGACAUGACGCCACUGCUGACAUUAUCUUCUCUAUCCUGUCAACUGCCGUUCUCCAGCAACGAAACCACCUCAUCUCUCUCUGCUAGCCAGUCACGGGAAACCCUUCCAAACACCAGUACGGUGACCUCACAGCAGACGAAGACAGAGAUUGGUGGAGAUUUGGCUCUUGAUCCUAAAGAUACAACUCCGGUUGAGAGUGCAGCCAGCAGCUCUGAAAACAGAGCAGCUGUAGAGAGCCUUGACAGUGUGUUAGGAGCGUCUCGACCAGGAGCGAUGGACAACCCAGUAGCCUCCACCAGCAGUGUUAGUACAGAGGAAUCUGUGCAGAGUAGAACCAAUGAAUCUCAAGAGGACAUGGACACUGACGCAAGCUUUCAGGAUUGUAAGCAAUCCAGAUUCUCCAGUGACGUUGUCGACUCCAGCGAUCCUCAACCGGGGACAAACGAUCAUGCUAGCCAGCAUACACUAUCUACUGUGUCGCGAUGGCCGUGCCUUGAACACAAAUCGGAAGAAACUCCUGACACACCUGACAACACAUUGGAGAAGAGCAGAGGUCCUGAGGUCAUGUCAACAGGAAGGACUGGUUGUCGGUCUUCGUCAGAGGGCAGUAAUAUGGUCACCGGCCCUGAGGUGAAAUUAGAGCCAUGCCCAGAGCCAAUGGUAGUGGCUUCUACCUCUGAGGAGAGGUCAGAAGGACAGACACUGUCCAGUGCUUCUGGACAGUUUAGUAACUUCCAGCAAGGCUCGCAGACAGACCAGAGUGGUAGUAGUGGUAGUUACAGCUGCAGUGGGUUUUCUGCUAGCUCUUCCCCCCAGUCUGGGGACAGAGACUCUGACUCCUCCGGGGCUAAGGCCAAGGUCCACUCCGUAACCAUGGAAGAGGACCAGGACCUCCAGCAGACCCACCCCAGGAAGAGGAAAAUGCCAAGGAUGUCUACCUCAAACGAGGCCGGAGGCAGCACACAACAGGGGAUGGAGAAGCCUCAGCCGUCUACCUGGCGUCCAUCGUUGACUCUCUGAAGCUGGAG